AUGUCUUCAGCUGUACCUUCCCAUAGUCCUAAUCUCGCACAGAAUCUUGAAAAAAAUGAACUGUAUCAAAUUGGUCCUGGUUUUUGGAAUGUUCGUGGUCAUUUCAAAGUUCUCGCUAAACUUAUCGAUAUUGAAACGCAAAUGUCAAUUAUUCAGUUGCGUAAUGGAAACUUUCUUAUCGUAGACACAGUCGAAUUUACUGAUCGUCUUCGAGCUGAAAUCAAUCAUUUAACAGAGAAUGGACAACGAAUUGAAGCAGUUAUUGGUACACAUCCAUUUCAUACUCUAUCAUUUCCGGCUUUCUACGAAGCAUAUCCACAUGUAGCUUACUACGGAACACCGAGACACUUACGUCGAUUAACACAAAUUCCAUGGGUUGGAAAUCUCGAUGAUUGUGAUGUCAGAAAAAAGUGGGAACCAGAUGUAGUAAUGCGUAUUCCGGCAGGUGCCGAAUUUGUCAAUCCUCAACCUGAAUCAUCCAAUCACUUUAUAUGUGUGUUUGUCUUCCAUCCUGCUUCACAUACUCUUCACGUCGAUGAUACUCUAAUGUACGUAGAGAAACCGGGCUUUCUUCUUAAAUUAUUUGGUUACAAGCAUGGUGCAUUCGCCUUUCAUCCAACGAUCAAAGGGCCUGGUCUGCAUCCGACAGCUGAUGCGCCGUAUUUAUUUCGUGACUGGAUGCGCAAUAUGUUGCGUGACUGGCCUUUUGACAAUGUAUGCUGUGCUCAUAUCGGUGUAAAGGUGGGCGGAGCACAUGCCGAUGUUGUCACACUUCUUGACAAAGCUGAGUCGUUGUUUACUAAAUUGAGCAAAAAGAAUCGCAAGAAGAACCCGGAAGGUGAACUGCCGCCUGGUAAUCAUCCUAAUAUGAAUGUCAGCGGAGAUGAAUGUGGAUGA